AUGGCGCCCUCGUCGGUCGCCGCUCAGCGGACAGAGGAAGCCCGGGCUCUCGCGGCGAAGGACCCCUCGAAGGCAGAGAGCAUUUAUAAAGAGAUCCUUGCUCAAGGCCCAGGGACGACAGAGGCUUCGUCGCGUGAUUAUGAGAAUGCGUUGGUUGGGCUGGGAGAGCUCUACCGAGAUGCGAAGAAGCCGCAUGAGAUUGCAGAGCUCAUUAAGACCAGCCGUACUGCCUUCUCGUCAUUUGCUAAGGCAAAGACGGCCAAGCUCCUUCGCCAGCUCUUGGACCUGUUCAGCGAAAUCCCCAACACGCUUGAUAUCCAAAGUGACGUGAUCAAAUCCAGUAUAGACUGGGCCAUCGCAGAGCGACGAUCUUUCCUUCGACAGAACCUCCAGACUCGCCUGGUUGCCAUUUACAUGCAGAAGCAAGCCUACUUCGACGCCCUUAAUCUCAUCACCCCCCUUCUCCGCGAACUCAAGCGCUUGGAUGACAAACUUGCGUUGGUCGAGGUGCAGCUGUUGGAAUCUCGCGUGUACCAUGCUCUGGGUAAUCAGACCAAGGCACGUGCAGCCCUGACAGCAGCCCGGACAUCGGCUGCGUCGGUCUACACGAACCCCAACCUGCAGGCUGGUUUGGAUAUGCAGAGCGGUAUGCUACACGCAGAGGAUAAGGACUUUCAAACCUCGUUCUCCUACUUUAUUGAAGCUAUGGAAGGGUAUAGCUCGCUCGACGAGACCGACAUGGCAACCGCAGCUCUCCAAUACAUGUUGCUCUGCAAGAUCAUGUUGAACUCGGUGGAUGACGUUACGAAUUUGCUGGGAUCGAAAUCGGCACAGAAGUAUGCGAGCCCGCGGCUCGAGGCCAUGAAGGCCGUCGCUCGUGCCCACGCCAACCGCUCUCUCGAAGAAUACGAAAAAGCACUCUCGAACUACCGGUUCGAGCUUGGCAGCGAUGUAUUUAUCCGAAACCACCUCCGGAGACUGUACGAUGCCAUGUUGGAGCAGAACCUUAUCAAGGUUAUCGAGCCGUUCAGCCGUGUGGAAUUGGCCCAUGUUGCCAAGUUGGUCGGGUUGGAUACACAACAAGUGGAGAGGAAGUUGUCUCAAAUGAUUCUGGACAAAGUAAUCAUUGGUGUGUUGGAUCAGGGUUCUGGAUGUCUUAUCAUCUAUGAUGAGACUCAUCGUGACCAGGCUUAUGAUUCUGCAUUGGACACUAUUGCGAAGUUGAGCAAUGUAGUGGAAGCGCUGUACACCAAUCAGGCUUCGUUGCUGGAGUGA